GACGACGCAGCCUCAGGUCAGUCGUUCUCCACGCUGGCCUGAAUGAUCGCAUUCCGUUCCGCAUUGAAGGCGUUGCUACACUAUUGACCUCUGCUCCCGCCCGACGCAAGGCACGAGGAUGCGAUUCUCGUCGGUGGUGAGCACGGUCUUCGGGCUGUGCAUUGGGACAUCAUUGGCUUCAACGCAACAAUCCAACCUGACUACACCACAACUGACGCAGAGGAUAUUAACCGGCGACUUCAAGCCCGCGCCCGUCUUCGAAAACACCAACGUCGUCCGCACCAUCAACCUUGAGAAAGGUUAUGUCAGAGAGACAACCAACGUCGUCAUCACAAACACCGACAACCAGGCUCAGACGGAGUACUAUAUCCCCUUUGAAUAUGACGUGGUAGGCAGGAUUGGCGGCUUCGACGCCCGGGACAAGAAGCAUGCUGAGAGGGGGCCGUUGGAUGUGACUGUGGCUGCUCUGGCCAAUGUGCUUGAGGAUGCGCAGGGCGGCUUUUCACCAAAGUCGACGCAAUAUUACAUUGUCCACCUCGCUGAACCGCUACCGCCAAAAGGCACCGUCACACUCUCCAUCUCGUACCACAUUCUCGGAGCUCUACGACCGCUCCCAGCAACCAUCAAACAAGAGGAAAAGCAGUAUCUGACCUACAACUUUUCCGCCUACAUCCCGUCGGUGUAUCCGACCAUCAAACAAAAGACCAAGGUCAAGUUCCCAUCAGCAGAUAUUCCUGAAUACACCACGAUAGAAGGCUUGACCACCUCGAAUACCGUGGAUCCCGAGAAACAAGGAUCCACAUUAACCUACGGACCGUACGAGACUGCCAAAGUGCCCCAGGGCACAAUAUAUCCAGUGACGGUACGCUAUGAAUUCAACAAGCCAGUUCUAGUAUGCAGUGUGCUCGAACGAGAUGUCGAGGUCUCACACUGGGGCGGAAACCUUGCAACCGAAGAACGAUACUGGCUACGCCACGACGGAGCCAAGCUGGCGAACCAAUUCUCGCGACUGGCAUGGAGCACGCAAAACUUCUACAUCAACGCGGGACAAAUGACGACCUCUGCGCUGCGCGAGCUCAAAGUUCCCCUGAAACCAGGCAGCGUCGACGCAUAUUUCACCGACGAGAUUGGCAACGUGUCGACCUCGCGGUUCCGACCAAACGCUGUGCGUGAAGCCAGUCUAGAACUCCGCCCCCGCUACCCUCUCUUCGGAGGCUGGAACUACAGCUUCCGCAUUGGCUGGAACAACGACCUUUCUUCGUCCGUGCGGAAACUCCAGACCCCGCCGGACACGUAUAUCCUGUCCGUGCCGCUGGUCCAGGGACCAAAAACCCCAGAGGGCAUUCAGUACGAGAAGCUGGUUUUCCGUGUCAUUCUGCCCGAAGGCGCCAGAAACGUCAAGUACCAGACGCACGGCGGUACUGGCGUUCCAGUCCUCCAUGCCGAGCAUGGUCUGCACAAGACGUUCAUGGAUACCCUGGGCCGCACGGAACUGGUGCUCACUGCCACCAAUGUCGUCGACGAAGCUAGAGACGUGACUGUACUUGUCACCUACGAGUAUUCGUUGCUUGCUGCCCUGAGGAAACCGCUCACUGUCUUUAUUGGUGUUGCCGUCGUGUUUGUGCUGGCGUAUCUGGUUGGAAGUGUUGAUACGAGUAUUGGGAAAAAGAAGAGAUAGAGAAAGAGCAAAAAAGCCAUUUUAUAUAAAAGUGAGGGAAUAGCAACUGCUUUGCUUUGCGUUGCAUUGACCUUUAGCAAAAUGUGUAUGAAGUGUCCAAUGUGAAUACCUAUAGAGUGGUGUACUUUGCGAGAAGGAAAGCUGCAACGACCUGCUGAGGCUAGUUUGUAUUUCGUACACUGUGUAAGGUUCAGAGUCUAAAUUCUUGUAGAUAAGGUAGACAGAAUGCACUGAACCCUCUCAUCUUCUCCGUGCAGAAGGAAGAAAGGCGCGAGCGAGAAAAAGAGGAUCAAGAUUAGAUAGCUAAGGCACUGUCAGGCACCAAAUGCCACUGUAUAUAUAUCCAAACGAUUUUCCCUUGUGGAGUUUAUCAACCCG